GGCCCUUCUCCACACAUGCGCAUUGUCCUUGCUCGGGAGAUGGGUGGCUGCAGUGUUUUGGGCCGGAUCUGGGGUGUAUGGCGGCGGCGGCCAGGGGUCCACGCAGUGCCCAAGGCCCCAGGCUUUGGCACCGAAGCCGGACAUCGGCUGCGACCCCGAGGCUCCAGCAAACGGUCGAGGCCCCUGGGGGGCCAGCCAUUCCCGGGGCUGCUGCAGCUAGAGAACCUCAGUCGGGAGGAGCUGGUUGAUGUGCUGAGGGCUGCAGUAGUGGACCAGAAAGGACCUCUAGUGACAUUGAAUAAGCCACCGGGUCUACCAGUGACAGGAAAACCAGGAGAGUUGACAUUGUUCUCAGUGCUGCCAGAGCUGAGCCAGUCCCUGGGGCUUGGGGAUCAGGAGCUCCAGGUUGUGCAAGCAUCUGGGAAAGAGACCUCUGGGCUUGUACUCCUCUCCAGUUGUCCUCAGACAGCCAGCCGCCUCCAAAAGUUCUUCAUCUACUCACGGAGAGCCCAGAGGCCCACAGCCAACUACUGUGCUGUCACUGAUGGGAUCCCAGCUACUUCUGAGGGGAAGAUCCAAGCAGCUUUGAAACUGGAACACGUUGAUGGCGUUGAUCUUGUAAUUCCAGUGAAGUCCCCAUCCCGAAAAGACUUCCAAGAAGGUGUCAAGAGGACCCUCAGCCACUUCCAUGUGGUGGCCAUGGGCUCUGGCUGUGCCUUGGUCCAACUGCAGCCACUGACAGUGUUCCCCAGUCAGCUCCAGGUACACAUGGUACUACAGCUCUGCCCUGUGCUCGGGGAUCACACAUACUCUGCCCGUGUGGGCACUGUCCUGGGUCAGCGCUUUCUACUGCCAGCAGAGAGCACCAAGCCCCAAAGACAGGUCCCGGAUGACGCCCUCCUCAGACGCCUCUGCCUGACCCCCUCCCAGGCUGCCCAACUGCCCUUGCAUCUCCACCUGCAUUGUCUCCAUCUUCCAGGCAUGAGGCCCGGGGAGGCCCCCAUGAAGCUUCUGGCACCCUUGCCCUCUUAUUUCUCCAGGACCCUACAGUGCUUGGGGCUCCACCAACAAUAAUGCUCCUUCUGUUCCUUUUGUUUCUGCUGGAAAGCAGUGGGGAUGGGGUGGGAGAUGAACCUACGAUGAGGCCUGAGGAGAAUGAGGUCAGUACUCAACAUGCAGUAAGGCCUCGCUUUAAGAUCCUGGGCUCUGCAUUCGGACACACCUAAGAUCAAAGCCUGCCUAGGCCACCUGCUGCAUGGUGUUAGGCAAAUGACUUCAUCUCUUUGGACGUGCAUUAAUAAAAGUACCUACCUCAUA